AUGAUUCCUCCAGAAUAUAGAAUCUCACCUGUGUCUCAAUGUCUCUUUGGCGACUCGAAAAUCUCAACCACGAUUGACUACGACGAACGCCGAUGGUACACCAUCACCGGCCCACUCAGCUAUUUCGGCGAGGACGGAGAAAAGGAAAUUGGAGUACUUAAACGUUAUAUUGACCAACUUAGCCCCAACGUUUGUGUAAUUAGAGUGGACGAAAAUGGCUUGCUAGUCACAGUGUCGUCAGACCCCAGAGAUGAUCCUACUUUCACGCCGGAAUACCCACGUUACUUAACAGCAGCAUCCUUACAGAAUUACUCUACUGUCAAAUUAUCACAGCUCUCUGAACUGGAUCGUAUAGGGCCGUCGGUUGACUUGACGAGCUACCUCGACGAGAAGGGCGUUACAAAAAAGGUAGUAUUCAAAUACGCCAUGACACCGCACGGUUUGGCACGUAUUUGGAGAGAAAUGCACCUGUUCAAGAGCCUUCCAACGCACCCAAACAUCAUCGCUUUCGAUCGUAUCGUUGUCGAUGAUAUUGAAUCGCGGAUCCUAGGCUUCGCCACCAUCUACGUGCCCGGAGGAACUCUCGACGAUAACAGAAGUCGAGUUUUCCGACUAGAGUGGCUGCAGCAACUCACGGACACGGUGGACUACCUGAAUCUGGAACUGGGCAUCUUCCAUGGAGAUAUUGCUCCGUGGAAUCUUGUCAUCCACCCGGAAACCGGCAAGAUCCAACUCUUGGAUUUUGAGCGUGGAGGCUGGCUUGCGCACAACGUCGGCCAUGACGAGACCGAUAUCACUUGCCUGAUAUUUACUGUUUACGCCAUCAUCACUGAAGAUUACCAUUUCCGUGAUAUCCAGACCCACAACCGCGACCCGGAGACGGUGCAGUCCCUCGAAGAAUGGCCGGUGAUAUGUGAACUCGAUAGCGACGUUGGCUUGUUUCGGAAACAUUUGGUUGAUUGGGCUCAACGGCGGAAGACCGCGAAUGUUCAGAGAAACAAAUGGCCCAGACCCCUCAUGGGCAACAAAAAGCACCACUGUUAUGACUUUGUCAUUUAUGCAAUAUUGUUAGAUCUAGAAGAUACACUAUUCCAGUAA